CUGGGCUCCAAAGAGGGCUGAGCAGCGGCAGGACCCCCAGCCCCCUCCUCCCCCUCCUCCUCGCCUCCUUCGCUCUCUGCAGGCAGCGCUCUUUGGGGCUGCGAGGGAGAGAGAGAGGCGGGCAAAGGCAAAGGCAAAGGCAAGGCAGGCUUGGAGCGCCUUUGGGACCGGAGUCUUUCUGGAGGGCUGCUCUGGGCUGCCAAGUCCUUCUUCCUUCCAAGCCCCUUCCCUCCCUCCGCGUGAGUUGGGUGGCCUCUCUCCGGGCUCCUCGGAGGGGGAUGUGGCAAUGGCCGGGGACAGGAGCCCGGGGGUCUUCUGCUGCUGCUGCUGCUCUUGCCGGCGCCCGGGGGGGCUCCUCCUCCUUCUGCUGCUGCUGCUGCUAGGGGCCUCGGUGGCCCUCCAGAGCCCCAGCUGCCACGAAGUCCGGACCGCCUUCCAUAUCCGACAGAUCGGACCCCUCAAGCUGGUGCCCGACGUCCCUACGGCCGCAGAUUCCAGUUUACAAAUCUGCCAACAGAGAGCACCCACUUGUUGCACUAAGAAGAUGGAAGAAAGCUAUCAAGCAGCUGUUCGGAGAGAGAGGAUGGAGAAUAUUCAGACUCUAAAUUUUGAACUAAAAUAUAUGAUUGUUGGUCACAUCACAGCUUUUCAAGCUACCUUUGAGUCCUUGCUUCACUUUGCGGAGAACCACACAACUUCUCUGUUUGAGACUGUCUACAGAUCUAUGUCGAAGGAAGCAGCAGAGCCAGUCAAGGAGCUCUUUACAGACAUCUCUCUCUACCUCUUGGGUGCUCAAACCAGAGUGGAAAGAGCUUUUUUCCGGUUCUUUGACAGCCUCUUCCCUUUGGUUUACAGCCGCCUAAUAAACCCAGGAAUUACAGAUUUGUCAGAGGAGUACACAGAAUGCCUGCGCUUAACACGACAAGAUGUAAAUCCAUUUGGACGAUAUUCUAAAGAAGUGGUUACAGAGUUAGCUAAGUCUCUCAGGGCAAGCAGAGUAUUCAACCAAGCCCUUGGGAUGGGCACUGAAGUGCUGAAUGCAACUGAGCAUGUGACUUUGACAAAGGAGUGUACCCGGGCACUAGUGAAGAUGCAGUAUUGCCCUCAUUGCCAGGGCCUGACACUAAUAAGGCCUUGCGAAGGGUAUUGUCUAAAUGUAAUGAGGGGCUGUUUUGCCAGUGUAUCUGAAUUAGAUGCUCCAUGGAGGGAAUACAUUUAUACCCUGGAAUAUCUCACCAAUGAAAUGGCUGGAACUCAUGAUCUGGAAUUGACACUUUUGGGUAUCCGCUAUUCAAUCAAUGAGGCCAUUUUGCAUGCACAACUGAAUGGACCACAGCUAUCUGCAACUGUGGAUAAAGUGUGUGGACAGCCUGAAAAGAAGGAUGUGAAACCUUUACCAGACAACAUAGUUCAAGCCAAAGAAAUAAUUGAGACACCAUCUCUCACAAUGGCACAUUCGGCUUCUCUAAGCAAUAAAAGGAGUUCUCUGCCUCUGAAAGCUUCAAAGAAUGACAAAUCCAGAAGUUUGAAAAAAAUGUCCCGGGAAUUCAUCACCUACAUGAAACGAUCCAGAACUCUUUAUGCCUCUUUAACAGAAAGGCUCUGUGAGGGAGAUCUAGUGAUGAAAGACAGUUCAACUUGCUGGAAUGGCGAGGAUGUUGUAGAAAGUUACACAAACCGGGUGGUGACUAAUGGAUUGAAGGCACAGAUUGAUAAUCCAGAACUGAAAGUCAAAGGGUUGGACCCACACAUCAGCAGCUUAAUUGAUAAAUUGCAACAUUUUAAUCAACUGGCAACUGAGAGGACAAAUUUAAAAUCAGAAAGGUGGAGCACCAGGGAAGGCAGCAGUGGGAAUGGAAGGAAUGAAGAGAUGGAAUCAAGUGGAGACUGUGAUGAUGAAGAUGGAUGUCAAGGUUCAGGUGAUCGAACCUACACAAAAGAUGUUCUUGGAACCAAUCCAGGGGACAGGAAUGAAUCCAAACCAACUGUGAAAAAGAAGGACAACACAACCACAAUGAUUAUAAAAUCAUCUCCUAAACAUAAAGUGGACAGAGAUAAGGGCAAUCAAGCUUCAUGUUCCUUGCUCUUCGUGAUGACAGCCCUAGCAGUUGUGUGGCAUUCUUUGUCAUAGCUGUGUUAUUCUGCAGUAACUGUGCAAUUUCUGUUCACUGUCAUUUAUACCCACAGCCUUAUCCAAGUGGAAACCAAGUGAAAUGGCUCUCUAAAUUGUGCACUCUAGUAUUAUGUGAUAUAUUAGUAUAAGUGCUAAAUAUUAGUCUGGGACUGGCUAACAGCAAGCAUCUAAAUACACAGUGUAUAGAGAUGGUUACAUUGAUAACAUCUCAUCUACUCAAGAUGUAAAAAGGAUGAAGACAGGAAACCUGAGUAGAUUAAGUUAUUGUAAUAGGUACAAUUAAGAAUGUUAAAGUUGUAAAUUAAUAUGUCACCAUUUCUUCCCUUUCAUUCACUGGAUAACGGACCAUUGUCUGUUUCAUCUUUCAUAUUAGUUUCAUUGAUUUCAAGUACAGUUUAUUAAGUUUUACCUGUAGGGAUCAGCCACUAUCUUAGAAGCAAAAAUGCAGCACUAUCCACCAGUUGGAUAAAAUUCUGAACUGAUCAAGAAAUUCAUUGCUUAUUUGAAUCACUUACUUUCAUUUUUUAAUGUUUAGAAUAUAGAAAGCAAUAUAAGAACCAUAUGCUGUGUUUAAUGUAUCAGUUUAGUUGCUUUAACCAUAUAGCAACAUGUGAAAAUACCUCUCGAGUUAUUUUGAAACGUGGAACCAUCUCCCUGUCCAUGGACUUCAUUAUCAAAUGCUUAAGCCUUGACUACAUUGCAAAUAACUGACAAAUGGAAAAGGGAGAGCAUUAGAUUUUUGAAAUAAAGAGUCCUUGAGUUGAGGUUUUAGGCCAAUGGGAAAAUCCCACAAACAUAGCUGUGCUGGAUUUAACUAUUGUGGAUGCAGUCAAGCAAGAAAAUGUGCACAUGCAAUUGCAUUGCACAAUGGGAAAAUCUGCAGUUGUAGUGGCAAGUGCUCUAUUACAAUGACCUCUAGGUUCAGGCCCUUAGGCCUGUAUGGUGCAGCAGCAAAGAUGACAAAACCCUUAAUCCAGAGCUCUUGGUUAGUAGCUGUGAAGUACAUUCCUGUGUGAAAGAAGGGAAAUGUGAGGCCUGAAAUCAGUCCUUAACUGUUCAUCACAAAUAACGUACAACAUUGUUCAAACUCACAGUGCCAACCACUUGUCUGUUUUAUGGAUAUGUUUAUAGCCUCAGUCUGGUAUGAAUUACAGCCUACCCUCUUUCAAACAAAUGGGACAGGAUCCAAUCAUGUUGCCAAAAGAGUACAAGUUGCCUUUGCUGAACUAGAGUAAAUUAUUUCCAUCUAGCUACCACACACACACACACACAAAAGUAACCACUAUUCUUUUUAUCCCAUAAGGGACACUGAUGCACUAUACACCAACAACUUGCUGUGUGUCUUCUAGUUAGUUACAAUUAAUGUUCUAUUGUGCUGUGCCAGGAAAAAUAAAUUUGCAAAAAACCUAGAAUGAUAAACUCCAUUAUUUGCUGCUUUAUCUCUAAUACAGCUUCCCCUCAUCUGGUACCUACUGGUUUUAUUGGCCAUGUUGGCUGGAGCUGAUGGCAGUUGAAAUCCAACACAGCUGAAGGGCACCAGGUUGAGAGAAGGCUAACAUGAUACAUAUUUCCAGGGUUCUCCUCAUGCAACUUUAAUGAAGGGUUGUUUAGUUAUUAAACAAAACUGAAUUAUUUUACAGUGUGACAAGAUGUUGCAAGACCACCAUUAGAUAGGAUAGGGCUUAUACUUGUAUUUUUGAGAGCUGCUUUUACAAUGUUGUUGCAAAUCUAUACACUGCAGUCUAAGUAGAAUUAACAUUUAUAACUGAGGGGAUUAAAUCCAGUGUUAGCCCCACCUAGAAAUCAGUGGGAUUGAAGUGUGUUUCUUCUACCCAGUCCCAUUCAUUUUGUUGGCUCUGCCCUAGGUAGGAUUAAUGCUGAAUUUAGGAUGUUAUUUCUCAGAUUUAUAUUUGCUAACAAAGCCAAUAAUUCACAUAACUGAUUAGUUGUUUUCACAAUAAUGAAUAUUACAGUGUACAGUUUUAUAAGAUAUAAUGUAAAAUAUUUGUCUUUGAUGUGUGUGAGAGAGGGGGGAUAUAAGAGCAAUUACUUCAGCAGUUUGAUUCAUAUAAAUAUAUACUCAGUCUAGUAUGUUAAUUCUAGUACAGUACACAAAAUUGUUUAGGAUGAAAAUAUGAUACAAUUAUUCGUUUGAAGGUGAUUGAUUUUUCACACAUGCACACAAUUCCUGGCCUUCAAGCACUCACCAUUCACUUCAGUGGUACCUUCUAUGCACACAUGUAUUGUGUAGAUGAUGCUUCAUGUGUACUGAGCAUACAUUCCAGUCUUCAGUGAUCUGGUGUUCUCCAGGGGCAAUACUAGCUGGAGUGGCUGAGGGGAGUUGAAGUCCAAAACAUCUGGAGGUUAUCAGGAUGGAGAAGGCUGAGACAAGAGCUUAUUGGUCUCUUUCUCUUUAUAUGGCUGUGUCUUCAAGUUUUAACAUUUAAGGUCAUGACUCAGCCCAAACAUAAGCACUUUUGUUCUAUGGAUUGUAUCAGAAGAGUUAAACUGUCCCAUUAAAAAUAAUGGCAGCUAGAAAGGCUCAUCUUUGGCAGAACUGUUCCAUAAAGUUUUAUCCCUCAUGAAGAUGAAUGAAAUAUUUGAAAUAGUGUAUUUAAAAGGCUUAAAAACCAGAAAACAAAUGGAGCAUUUUAAAAAAAAACCUCAUGGCCAUCUGGGCACUCUAUCUGAAAGCUGCCUUAUCUUGAGCACAUGAAGAUAAUACUAUAGGAUCCAUUUUUGUUCACCAAGUUGCAAGAGAGCUUAUGAGGGGCCUUGUUCUCGCAUUCCCUAAUUCACACUAAGAUUUCUUUCCUAGCAAAGAGAUACUUUACAAAACAUCUGUUGCACUCUCAAGGGAUUUUCAAAUGGGGGACAGGAGUGAAGCCCAUCCUUAUCCCUUCCAUUACAGCGACUGUGCAAAAGACUUUCACUCUUGAUAUGCUGAUCCUGUCAUAAACCUGUCAGUGAAGUGGAAUUGCAUUAAUGGUUUGUUCCAUUAUUGCAAAAUGAAGAACAAAGACAGGACAAUUCCACCUGACUGAUAGGACAAUGACAGGAUCAAUGUGACAUCAUAUGACAGACAUGGUGUUCGCUGUCAAUUGCACUUCACAGAUGGGACAAUGUCCGGAUCAAUGCUAUGUCAUCUGAAAGUCCUUCUCACGAUCACGUGGGAAAGAUAGGACAAGGAUGGGAAAAGGUUGGGACAAGGAAAUGCCAUCCCCUGUCUGAUAAUCUCCAUUGUAAAGCAACUGCAAUAACAAUGAGCAAAGAAAGAAAAAUUGGUGAACCAUUAUUUUUAUUAGCUAUUUCAUUUAUUGGUUACAUUUCUACUCCAUCUUCUGUCCUCAAUGAGCUCAGUGCAGUGUUCUCCUCCCCUGUUCGUCUUCUCAACAACCUUGUGAGGUAGGCCAGUGACAAAAAAAUAUGAGCAAGAGACCACAAAAGACUAGCCAAGAUCACCCAGUGAGUUUCAUGGUUCAAUGGUGACUUAAACCAGGUCCUCCAUGAGCCAGUCCAACACUCUAACCCAGGGUUUCUCAGCUUUUGGUUCUCCACAUAGUUUGGACAUCAUCUCCCAGUUAUAGCUAGUAUGGCCAAUACGGGGAAUUCUGGGAGAUUAAGUCUCAAACAUCUGGAGGAUGUGAAAUGUUGAGAACCACUGCUCUAACCACUAUACGCACUAGCCCUUAAUUGAUAAACCAAACUGUAUUGAAUAUUUAUUAGAUACUGUAUUUUAUCUGUAUUGAUAUUGUAUUAGAUGUGUAUCAGAUUUUGAAUAGGAGCACUUCAAUUGUGGACAAUAAUAAUUAAAAUUCUGUUUGUUAAAAAAAAUUAUUGUUAUCACCAAAGUAUUCCAACUACUUCAGAUUCACAAUGGAAAAAAUUAACACAGCACCAUCGUGACUGCCUCUGUGAGACCAUCCUUUGGAGAUUGGAAUUUAUAAUUGUUUUAGUGAGGAUAAUAAGUUUGUUCAAGAUUUCAUGUGAUGGAGGAAAGCAACAAGUGUCCUUCUGUAUCAUAAUGCAAUUCCUUAAAAAAUAAAUGAAGCAAAUAAAUAGGGAUUUCCCUUUCUCAGAAAAAUUAAAUGGAUUAGAGAUGUAGUUUAAUUCAGGUAGGUACCCUACAGCUAACCAAAAUUCACUGACACUUUAAUGAAAUACACAGAAAUGCUAUUACAGAGCAAUAAUCAAUUGUUAUUUUUCCUUGAAAAUGUGUUAACAUGAUCAUGCAGUUACAUAGUCUUGCAUUUUUAUCAUUCCAUUUCAGCUUUUUAACCAUUAAUUAACAAUUUGCAGUGGCACUAUUUACACCCAGAACAAUUCUGUCAUCUGAAGGGGGCGGGGGGAAUCAUCUGGUGACUGCUAAGCAAUUAACUUUUGCUCACUUUGGCUAUUACAAGAAAAAGUGUAAUUUGUCCACCAUGCCCUUUCUGCACACCUAAUUAGUAAGAAUGUGGAAUGCUGUCUGAGGAAUAAACAUUUAAAUUGAGGAGUAAGGGAGAGAAGGAAUGUAUUGUUAAGUUUAUACAUUCUUUGCAAUUGUACUCUCAUAAAAUGUUUUUCAGCUAGUAGUUUUUUAAAAUGGUCUAUGCCAAAUAGCUUUUCCCCAUACUAAGUACCCUAUUGCACGGGGUUAAAACCCCAGCUUACCUUUCCUGAAUUCAGUCCUAAUUUGAGAGGCAGCCAGGUACUGUUGUAUAGAAAUUGCUGCCAAAUUUGCCACCCACAUCCAUCCCAGAUGCAGUCCAAGUCCUCUAAACUGCUUCGUCAGCCAUUUUUAGAAGUCAGAAGCAUCUGAAUUCUAAAAAUAAGGCGGCUUAGAGGACCCGGGCUGCAUCUGGGAUGGACCUGGGCAGCAAUUCAGUGAUAACACCUGGCUGCCUCCCGAAUUGGGACUAAAUCUGGGAAAGGUAAACCAGGGUUUUAACCCCAUGCUAUGGGGUCCCCAGUUCAGCUUACCUGUGUUUCUGUCUUUCAAAUGUACUGUAUGAAGAACUGUAUGGUUAAGAAUUUCUUUGGCUUAUUGGAGCAAAGAUGAUGACGACAUCCAGGAAUUCAUACUGAAUGUGUAAGAAUCAGGUAAUAGUACUUCAAAACAAUCUGAAUUAGUGAUGUAGUAAAAUUUGAAGAGCAGAUGUCCCCAUUGCAGCCACACCCAAUAAGGAGAAUCUAAAGAUGUAAAAUGCUGGUUGAUCUAUGUCGUAAAACUAGUUGUAGCAAUUUUCAAUCAGGAACAUGUAUUUUGGAAACUUAAUGGGACUUAAUUUUCCAUUCAAAACCAAGAUCCCUCCCCUCCCCAGUACCUUUCAUCACAACAGGGCUGGCUUACAGCAAUAGACUGUUGCUGGGGGAAAUUAAUCCUCCUCUUCAAGCUACCAGUGUGAAUUCAUUUUAUAAAAAUAUGUAAGAUGUGCACUAUGUGGAUAUAAGUGAUCAGCAUGGGUUUUAUUCACAGCUAUGUUUCUCAUCGUGGUAGUUUUACAAGGGAUGCCGUGGCCCUUGAACUUAGUGAGAUCUCUGCUGAAUAGGGGGAUUCAAAUCCAGUAAAUAUCCAUUGGCCGAUAGAACUACAGAAAAGCAUAGGGCCAGGAUAUCAUCUACAUUUUGAUCUUCAGGGAUAAGCAUGUCUGUUCCUUCAAGAAACAUCACUCAAACUGAUACUGAACUGGAAAGCGAGAUGAGUAUUUUCCAUUUUUUCCUACUCCUGAGAGAUGAAAGGAUUCCCCACAGGAGAUACAAAUCAAUACAAACUCCAAGUUCUGGUUUCUUUGUUUUGACAUUAACAAAAUACUAAUUAGAAAUGUGCUUGAGAAGGAAUUGUUUCUUGAGAAAAGCUUGUUCACUUCUGUUUCCCUAAUCCUAGUUCCUUGUUUCCAUCACAGGGUACAUGUAUAACUUUUUGUCUCUGUUAGAGUCUGUACCCUAAUGCUUAUCCAGAAUCUCUGGGCCUAUUUUGCAGUUUUCACUCCCACUUAUUUCCAGAGUGCAUAAAGUCUUUAUCAGUCUGCCCAGAUGAAACAAAUAUAUAUAAUUUUCUGAAUUACAAUAGGCAUUUUAAUAAAUAUAGGCACUUUGAAAAUUGCAUUUCUCUCUUUGUGCUGUUUUGUUCCUAAUGCUACCUGUUCAUUUCUCCAUCUCCUCUAUGCUGUCAUUUUAGAAACAAUAUGCAGACAGGCAUUGGUACUGUGCUUAGCAUAAGGAAGCAAGUGCCUCAGGAGAUGCUGCAGAGAGGGGACAGCAAAAUGUAUACUCUGCCCUGAGUUCCCUCAGCUAGACUGCCUCAAUUAUCCUAUAGACUUUUGACUGUGGAAUAGGAGUGGGCACCAUUGUGUUAUUCACCUCAGACAGCAAAAUGGCCUUGGUCUGUGCCUGCCACGUAUGAAGGUGUAAACAAAACAAUUUAAAGAGUGGCAGCAGAGAGAAAGAUGAUGCAGUCUUAUAGGCCUGAAUAUAUCAAUGAUUUCUUCAUUGCAGGCCUACAUUUAAACACACUGCACAUGUUGAAAGAAAGAUGGCAACUACAUGCUAAGAUCUCAAAAGCUUCAGUAAGGUGGAAUGAAUCAAUACCUGGUGAUUUCCAUAGAGAGAACAUCUUGGUGUUUGAGUGUGCUGUUUGAAAUUCAGAGGUCCAAAUUCCUGGUUCCAACUAAACUCCUUAUCCCAACUAAAUGGAUUUAGACCUAUUUAACUCUUAAGUUAUUUCUGCAGCAUUAACUGAUAACAAAAACAAGAUCUGUAUUGGAGUAACCUGGAUAGGGAGAAUAGAAAAAAAUUAUGAAUCCCACUGAAAUAAGAUACAAAUUGCAUUUUAACAACACCGAUGCACUUCAGUUUAUGUUCAAUGCCACCUCUAGCAGUUGUGAGUCCAUCAAAACUAUCUCCUAUAGCCAGUCUCAAAAGAAAAGGGAUAAGGGUGCCUCAUGUCCUCAAUCAGGACAGCUUUUCCUAUCUACUUUUCAAAGGAGAUUCAUGUGCAAUACAAUCCUAGAAACCUCCAAGUCUUAUGUAAGCCAUGUCUAGUUUUAGAAUCUAGAUAACUCCAUUUCAGUAAUCCUGCUAUACUCUAGAGACUCUUUUGCACAAUAGUGCAACUGUGGCUCUACCUUGGGAAUGAGGGUGAAUGUUAGAAUCACCAAUGUGUGCCACAUGUUCACUCUUGGGUGAUGGUGUAGGGGUUUCUUUUGUCUUCAGCAGCAGGAUUCAAACUGAAAAGAUGAUCCUUUUCCAGAAGAUUUCUUUUUGCACAUAACAUCCAUCAGCUAAAUGAAGAAGGGAAGAUGUCCUGAUUGUCAUAUUGACUUGGUUUCCUUCUAAUUUUUGCCUGUGAUUCCUGUGCAACAUUGCUGCCUUACCUCAUAUUCCUCAGUGCUAUCCAACCGUAACUAGCUGACAAUACUAUUAUUAGAAAAUCACAACAGCUGUGGGACUAACCACCUAUAAAAAUAUGGAAGAAUGUAGUAUUCACUUCAAACAAUAUUCCUGGAUUUUUCUGGUUUCUGCAAUAAGCUUUCAUAGAAAUUAAGUUAGUCAUUUGACUAUUUUGUAUUCAUUUGUUUGCUGAUAUUUUAUCUACUGAAUAAGAUGUUUUUAUACCCCACCAUAUUCUACUAUGGACAUAUUGCUGAACACACUCAUACAUUUUUCUGGAGUAUUUUGCAUAUCUGUUUUAAAACAAGCAAAGAGUUGUGAUCAAAGCAACGACCAGGAAGGAGACAAUUGAAAAAUAGCAACUGUGUGAUUAUUUGUAAUUACAAUUAUUUCUGUGUUAUAACAAUAAAAAGUAAUCAGACUUU